CCAGGACUCCUUGCGAUGACAGAAGAGACAGAGACCGGGCAGCUACAAAUUAAACUGCUGCAUUCAGAUGGACCACACGAGGUUAACAAUGACACCAGACCAGGCCGCUGGAUAGAAAAUGUCACAGUGGAGCAAAGGUCAACAUUUUCUUCUACAUGCAAAUGGCAGCAUGUAGCAUUUUAACCACCCUACUAAAUGGAUAUAUUUACACCAUUCCUGUCAUGGAGACGAAGUCUGGUUGAACCCCACAACAUUUAGUUUCCUCAUUUCAUUUAGGCUGCUGACAAAACAAAUCCUCACAUGGUGAUUUAACUCUGCAGGAAAUAGAAACACUGCAUCACAAUGGUCGCUGAUGACACAGCAGGGAGUGGGGACAGAUCAGAGGGGGAAAAAGAGAUGGACUUGAAGGAAGAUGGAGACGUGGAGAUGGUCGUCCCUGCUUCUGAGAGCCCGGCUCCCUGCGAGGGUCCCACAGAGGCAGCCGUAGAGCCAAGGAAGUGGAAACGGGCCGUAAUAUUCCUGUGUUUCUUUGGGUUUAUGUCAUCGAUAAAGCCCGGGGAGCCUUUCAUUACACCAUAUCUACUCAGUACUGAGAAGAACUUCACAAGGCAAGAGGUGACCAAUGAGAUCACUUCUGUGCUCACAUACUCCUACAUGGUUGUGCUGGUACCGGCCUUCCUGCUGACCGACUUCCUGCACUAUAAACCGGUCCUGAUCAUCCAGGGAGGCAUCAGUCAGGUGGCCAUCUGGAUCCUCCUGCUGCUGGGCACCACCCCGCAGUUCAUGGAGUUCUUCGGCAUCACGGUCAGCCCCGCUCUCUACCAGCGAGUGGCGGGAUACUUGCGCACCGCCGUCCUCCUGGGGAUGUUCACCAGCUCGGUGCUGGGACAGAUAUUCAUCUCUGUCUGACGCGUCAGCUUCUACACCCUCAACGCCAUAUCUAUACUCUGGUCCCUGUGGUGGAUCUUCAACUCCACCGGGUACUACCUGGUCCUGUUCUACAUUCACAUCCUGUGGAACAAAGUCUACCCGGCCACGGAGAACAAGAACGUUUAUAACGGGGGAGUGGAGGCAGCUUCUACCCUGCUGGGUGCAAUCACCUCCUGCGCCGCCGGCUUUGUCACGAUCCGCUGGAACGUGUGGUCCGAGCUGGUGAUCGGCGUCAUCACAGCGCUGCAGGCGGCUCUGCUGCUCCUCAUGGGGACCACCGACAACAUCUGGAUCUGCUACGCCGCCUACGUCCUCUUCAGAGGCUUCUACCAGUGCCUGGUGCCCAUUGCCACGUUCCAGAUAGCCUCGUCUCUCAACAAGGAGCUGUGUGCCUUAGUGUUUGGCAUCAACACGUUUUUUGGGACCAUACUGAAGACCAUCAUCAACCUCAUAUUUGCUGACAAGAGAGGCCUGGGGCUGGACGUUCACUCUCAGUUCCUGGUGUACUUUGUUUACUUCACCAUCCUCACCGUGGUCUACCUGGUCUGCGCCGCUGUGGUCAUCAUCCGUCACUAUAGAAACGAGGCCAGGGAAGGGGCCACGCCCACAGAGCUCAGCCCGGUGACUGCAGACUCAGAGGUAGAACCUUUAUCUAACGGCAACAGUGCCAAAGCUUAACGACGGGAAGUGUUUUCGACGAAUAUCUGACGUACAUGAGUUUUUACUGGGUCCUUUAAACCCUCUGAUUACCACAGAGGAGACUAAAGUGAGUCUUAAUCAUUAAGUGCCUUCAUGAAACUUUUUGUAACUGAAAAGAGUAUUUUACUUUGUUUUUUUACUUUAUACCAAGAGAAAUCAUCUUAAGCAUAGGGCGUUUUAUUUCAUUUUGGUUUUUUUACAGGAUGCUGACCUGUACUGUUUCACUGAUCUAAAACGCUGCGCCAUGAUUACUAUGUGAUCACCUAGUAUUACUCUAAAACAGCUACACACUCCUAUCCUACCUAAUGUUACAAAUAAUAAUAAUAAUUGAAUAACUUUUUUAGUGAGAUACAGUUUACCUUUCUGUAUGAAAAAUCCCAUUUCACAUAAUUUUCGUACAAUCAGAUUAAUUGAAGCUGCAGAUUUUAUGUAACAUGUUAUAUAGUUUGAUUUAUUUAUAUUGAAUAUUUCGGACAAUAGGAAGCAGCAGCAGUUAGUCAGUAGUUUUGCUGCUUAUUGGCUCAUUUUUUGUCCAAGUACGACUGUUUUGUUUAAUAAAAACCUGCAGGAAAAAGAAUGGAGAA